AUGCCACUAGACCUUGAAUACGUGGAGAAAGAGGAGGAUGCCCUUGAGGAAUUAUCAUUGUACCGGGCCUUGGCGAGGCAGCUGACCGGCAUUCCAGGGAACCAUGAAAUCAUACGCAAUGAAGUCCUGCAUCACUUUCUCAGGGUAUGGUACAACCCUAAACAUCCGCUGCACGGUGAUUACCGUGGUAUUGCGAGGCGAUUUGAUAAUCAGGAUGCUCCCGAGGGGUUCUCCAUCUUUCAGCAGCUCUGCUUCCCAGAUCGUGCCAACAACACAGGGUGCUUAGACCCAGUCGUUCAAAUCAUCACCAAAGCACUCCGGAUCUGUGUGGAAAUAUAUAGGUUUGAGGCCGACAGGGAAAUUUCGUCAAAUCAGAAUGCAACCAGGGACUUCAAUCCUGGAAUACAUUACCACCGAAAUUUUUUUGGAGGGAGCAACUUUCCUAUCUGCAGACUCGGCACCGAACCGCACCUUGGGUCAAGUCUAACCUCCAUUGUCGAAAAAGAAGACGGAGCGAAUUUGAUCCGAUAUAUGUUGGAUAUCAAACAGCAAAUCCGAGACAAAAGCCAAAACGGAAAUGGCCAGACGUACCAACACAUUGAAAUCAAGGAGGCACGUUGGUGGUGGGAUCCAAAGCAUGCUAAACUAGCAUCAGAUGCUGUUCAUUGCUGGAAUGAACACGAUUCGGCAAUUGCAUCUUUUGCGAACGCAGGCUACCAUCAUUCUGAGCCUCCAUCUGGCAAAACUCUGAAAGAGAAUCGUGUAUUUUCCAAUUUCACGGUGAUUGUAAAACGGCCAAAUGAAGUCUAUGAUGCACUCAAACUUCUAAAGGAGGCGUUGAAUCGCGCUCCUGCUCAGCGCGUUCCAGUCAACACAGAUUUUUCAUCGCCCCAAAACAAACGAGAAUUACGCCAAUACGUCGGGAUCGAUGCUGAGUUCAAGACUGUCUCAACAACAACAAACCUGGACGACGGCGAAUAUUUGGUCUCAGUGUUGUCAAUUGCAGUUGACAGACACGUCACUUUCAUGUUUUACGUCCUCGACAUGUUGCAAAACCCCGAAGAUGAAACUGUACCUGCGCUCGAGAAACUUUUUAAGGAGACCAUCUUUGAUCCAAAUCUUCUGAAAAUCUGGUGGAACUUCCAGCUAGACAUCUAUGUCAUAGAUACCACUAUAGCGCACAUGUACCAGAAAGAACCGCGAGAUACAUACCAUGUAGAAGAUCUUCAUGGUCUCGUAUAUCCACUUCAAGAAGUCCAGCCUACGUUCAAGCUCACCAGUCCUUAUUUCAUGGGCAAGCGGCCAGAAGCACUGAAGUUUGAUUCCUCCGAUCACGACUGCAAGAUGCAUGCUAAACGCACCGACGAGCCUACUCUCAACCCUCUAGAGGCAUACCCUAGAAAUAUUGCAUGCCCGUGUAGGUUGGGGAAUAUAGACCUUGCUGCUUUAAUCGGUCACAUUGCCAGCGACCUCGGAAUCGGCCCCGAAGUUAAUGUGAAGAAGGUUUGGAGAUAUCCGCAUUUCAGAUUGGGAUAUGCCAAAUUUCUGGACACUUUUUUGAGCGGAGAUUGGGUACUUCCAAUAUUGGACUGGUUCAAGGAUGCCCCAGCGCGAGCUGUCACAUCCCACCAUAACCAACGAGCCGACGCGGAAAAGACCGCCUGGUACCGGAGCCUUGGUCCUGGUAUGGAAAAUGACGCUGACAAAUUGGGAUAUAAUAUUGGAGAUGCUGUUCUGACAGGCAUGAGUGUAGUCGUCGGUAUCACGCUAACUUUCAGAUUUCUCACGACGACAGACGAUCGUUAUCUGCUAGCAAGCCGACUUUUCAAUACAGUCUUCAAUGGAAACCUUCAUACGAUUUCGAGGGGUAACAGUCAGACGAGUGUAGAUCAGACAGUCUACGAGCGCAGCAUACCGCUGAUUGAGGAUAACCCGCGCUUAUAUAUCAUGCCCCGAAGAGUUGACAUGGCUUAUUUUGAGGUAUCCCCUUUAUAUGACGCCCAAUGGCUCGUAGACAACUCGUACAUGGCACACGAAGAGCGCUGCCACCAAAUGAGCAGUGACGGGCCACGAUUUUAUGCGCAGCCAUCUAUCGGACCAUUUUUUGAUCCCCUCCACUUCACCCUCUCGGCCAGCAUCUUUACUACCAGCUGUCCCGAACUGCCCGCUGGAUUGACGCCGCCCGUGGUACGAAAAGGAAGGUGUUAUACCGACGAUCUAUGCGAAUUGAUCUGCGACACAAGGCGCCAAAACCUCCAAUUCCGUUAUGAACGUCCGAAAGGCCUCUUUUCCGCAAUACAAGGGCAAAGAGGAGUCUAUGGCGCAUCAUUAUGUCACUUUGAAAGAGUCAUGGACGCUCUCAACUCAGAGCCUCCUUCAAACCCUAUGAGGCCAGCUGAAGAAGACAUUCUACACGAAGUCCUACGCAAUUACCCGACUAAACUUCAGCAUCCACCUCAGCUACCACAGAACUGGGAUGGAAGUCAAGAUCAGAAAUUCGAAUCCGCUUCCGGGAGAUACUACCACGGAUUACAAAUAGCGAUGAAUUCUCUCUACAAAGCGCAAAGGCUUUGUGGUCAAGUAGUUGCACCUUUCGGGAAAGACUUGCUAGACCAAGACGCGUCAGACUAUCUAGAACGAAUCCGAGCGACUCCAGAAUGGAACCGACCUGCCGACUAUAAUUUGUAUAUCGACGAUCUCUUCAAUUACAAUAAAACAACCAAGGUGAUCAACUUAUCCCUGGAUGCCAUCACGGACCUGUUUUCCGAUCUGGCUAGGAUUUGCCAAAAUUACAAUGCUGGCCGGGAAAACUACACCAGGCACUUCGGUCAGGCGCCCCCGCAACCAUUCAUGUCACAGCUCAUACAGCAAUUUGGGUCACAGACCCAACCACCACCUAGGCCGCAGCCCAUGUUAUUCGGGAUGCAGACUCAACCACCACCCAGACCGCAGCCCAUGUCGCCAUUAGGGGUGCGUCCUAUGUCGCCAUAUGGAGUGCAGCCCAUGUCAUCAUACGGGGUGCAGACUCAACCACCACCCAGGCCGCAGCCCAUGUCGCCAUAUGAAAUGCAGUCUAUGUCUCCAUAUAGAAUGCAGCCUAUGUCGCCGUUCGGGAUGCAGCAACAAUUCGGGCAAGCCCCGCCGCAAGAAUUCCCAUACUUCUCACCACAGCCACAACCGGCCCCCUACCCCAUAACUGGAAAACGCUCUGCUGAUUGGGCACUUGAGUGGCCCGCCAAACGUGCCCGUAUUGACAAUCGCCCAUCCUCCGGGGCCCCUGCAGGCCCUCGUGCAUUCAACCGACGCAGCAACACCACGGACACGGCUGCUAGCAAUUUGGGAGAUCUUAGUAUCACGAGUACUGGUAGUACUUCCCCGCCUCUUACUCGACAGCAGAUAAGGAGCAGAAAUUGGAGAAGAGACGUUAGACCGCCGCGGCGUGAAAGGACACCGGAGGAAGAAGAUGCCCCAACCCAGACCAUCAGUGCCCCUAACAAAAUCAAUACCAACGUUGUUAUAAGGGUAGUAGCUACUUCGCAAAUGGGGUGGACGAAGACACAGUCGAUAGAGGGGCUCCAGGAGCUCCAAGAGGAAGAGGGGGACUUCCAGGGGGUGAUAGAGAUCAAAGAGGAAGAGGCCGCGGUGCGCGACGUGGCAGAGGUGGACGUCAUGGCUAGAGAGUUGUGACUGAAGUGAGGCGAGACUGACGAGUCUUCUGGGAUUUUUGUUCUUUGUUUGUUCCUUCUGGUGCUGGAGGUUUUUGUUUUUCUUAUUGUUGGUUGGCCUCG